AUGUCUGUGGUUUCAUCACGAGAUCUGGCUCACACUAGAAGGCGUCUGCAAAACGAACUGCAAAACCUCACGAACGAUCCUAUAGAAGGCCUUUCCGCCGCCCCCACUGAUCCAUCAAAUCUAUUCUCAUGGAAAGCAACAAUCAGAGGACCUCCUGACACUCCAUAUGAAUCCGGUACUUUCCACCUCACUAUGGACUUCCCAGAGAACUACCCACGGGUCCCACCGAUAGUCAAGUUCGUGACCAAGGUCUAUCAUCCCAACAUCGAUAGCGAAAACGGAUGGAUUUGUCUGAACAUAUUGAUCAUGGAAUGGAGCCCUGUAUUGACGACUUCGACAGUCUUGUUGAGCAUACGAGCGUUUCUGGAUAGCCCGGAUACGGAUGAUCCAGCUGAAUGGGAGAUCGCAAACGAGUAUAUGUACAGGAGGGAGGUUUUCGAUCAAACUGCUAGAAAUUGGACGGAGGAAUACGCGAAUCCUAGAAGGGUAGUUGAGGAAACGACUGAGGAAACGGCACCGAGUCAAGGGGUGGCUGAGAAUACAAUUGAAGACUGGGAGCUUGUAUGA